AUGGCUCUGAUGAGGUCUGGGUGGCUCUGGAGACAGAGCUCCAUUCUAAAACGAUGGAAGCUGAAUUUUUUCGACCUGUGGGUGGAUGGAAACUUUAUCUGCUAUAAAGACGACAGCCGCGAUGACUACGAGACAAUAUUGCGUCUUAAGGAAAGGUGUGCCGGUGUCAAGUCUGGGCUUGAGUGCGCAGGAGUGUGCCCUCCAGAGGGCCGUCCGAGGGAAUGUCUUCUGCUCGUGCUCCUGAGGGACGGAUCCACCAUGGUCAUGUGCGCCAACAGUGAAGACGAGGCACUAUCAUGGAAGCUGGCUUUAAUGGAGGCAAAGAGAAGUGCAGUGUACACUUACGAUCCUUAUGAUGACAACUACCAGUUUGUUCCUGUAGACAGCCACAAUGCCAUCUACAUCAGUCCCGGUUACCCUGGAUACGGCCAUGUUGUGAUCCAGGAGGAUCGAAGUGAUGGGAUGGGAGAGGAAGUGGCGCUGGGGCUGCUAGCAGGGAUGGCCACUGGGGCGGCGCUGCAGUCUUUUAUGUGGAUGCCAUUCUGGUUCUGUUAAUGGUACAAUAGGUAAUUUCUAACUUCUAACGGUCAAGAGAGGAAUUGCAGCAACAAACACCCUCAAACAACAACACUGUUUAUAACUCCCCCUUCUCUGUGAACGCACUGACAUUGAAACCCCACGCCAUUGGCUGUGGCAAUUAGAACCAAUUUCCAACCAAUGAGCAUUAAAUAUUGUACAGCCAUACAAUGCUUUGGUCAAUCCGUCAACUGUAUAUUUUGAAACCCGAAUUUAAGGACUAUAAACACAGGCAGAGUGUGAGUCAACAUGUCAGUGAGCCUUUUUCAAUGAUAUGAAGGGAUUUACAAUGGUUUUGUAAUGAUGUUUUAACACAAAACUCUUACCUAUUGUACCUUCAAUGUGGCCAGGGCGUGAGACACGUCUCCUGUUAAACUGUUACUUCAGCCCGAGACAGUGGCAGGGCACUCGGGCCCCUUGAGAGAACCACUCUAGGCUUUAGCCGCUUAACUUUGGCCUGUUAUCCCAAAAGUUUCUGUAUGUAUUUACACAAUAACAAUAUGUGGUAAUGCUGUAUAUAUUUCUCAUAGAAGUUACAAUUGGUUACUUUUGUAAUCACAAAAUCACAAUUGUCU